CUAGGAGAUGAAUUAGUUUUCCCUGUAGUGACAGAAGAAGCCUUAGCAAACCCUCCUCUCGCCACUCGUGCACCUUUCAUCUCCCUCCUCCCUACCUUCCGUCCCCUUCUCACCAUUAUUGAGGGCACCAAAGAUUCUCUGUCCAUGAUCCCUGAGGUGGGGUUACCUUGCCUGUCGGAGCAGGACCACGAUGAUUGUGAUGCUGGCUUGAUGAUAUCUGGUUAUGGCUCAGGGGAGGCACAUGACUCUAAUCUACCCCCUACUGAUGAUGAAGAUUUUCACACCACCUUGUCCUUGGUAACAGAUAAGACCUUGUCCACAUCGGCCUUUGAAGGUGGCUACAAAGCGCACGCACCCAAGUGGGAUUACAAGGACUUUAGACCUAACAAAGCGUCUGAAUCCGGUAGGAUUGCUACCACUGCCUCUGUCCCUGAGCUGCUCAGUUCCGUGCCGCCCGGGAAAUUGCCCAAGCUGCCCGCGGGCAAGUUGAACACGCGUGAGCAGAAACCCUACCCGGGCUCGGUGUUGGUCCCCUUACCCACCGCGUACGAGGUAGACAGUACCAAGCUGAAGAGUCCCCCCCUAGUCACCUCACCCAUGUUCCGUAAUGUACCCACAGCCAACCCCACGGAUCCGGGAGUGCGCCGGGGUCCUGGGGCCUCGGAGGUGGUGCGGGAAUCGAGCAGCACGACCGGGAUGGUCGUGGGGAUAGUGGCGGCGGCAGCUCUCUGCAUCCUGAUCCUCCUCUAUGCCAUGUACAAGUACCGCAACAGGGACGAAGGCUCCUACCGGGUGGACGAGACUCGCAAUUAUAUCAGUAACUCCGCGCAGACCAACGGUACUGUUGUCAAGGAGAAACAACUGAGUGCGAAAGGCAGCAGUAAGAAGCACAAAAACAAGGACAAAGAAUACUAUGUGUAGAGCGGACAAAAGAAAACAUUUAACACAAGAGGGGGAAGGGAGAAUUGAACAACAACAUGAAACUAAAAGGAGACACAAUCAGAAAUAUAUAUUAUACAGAAAUAUAUAUAUAUAUGUGAAUUCUGACAGCGAACAUCUGCCACUCGACUUAGAUUUUACACACACAAUAAAUGAAAAGAGAAACUCUUUUGGGGAAAUGAAAAUACAAACUCCAUAUACAGCUUGGAAAUGCACUGUGGCAAAAAAAAAUAAGACAAUGAACUUGCAGAGUGAUGAUGUACCUGCUUUAAGACAAUAAACACACACACACACACACACACACACAGAGCUGUCACAGAGACCAGAGUGUUGUAUUCUGGUGAAUGAAUCUCCAAUCGGAGACUAGAUCCACGGCCUCCUCGGUUUUUAAUCCUGGAUGCGACUGUUAAGACUUUGUGACAUUUCGCAUUUUCUCGAGAUUCUUCUUUUGAUUUGGUUGUAAAAGCUGUGUACUGAAUUUUGUCUUUUUAUUUGAAAAAAAAAUAACAUUUUCUUGCUCUUUGCCGUGUGGAGCAUGUAAUUGCGACCUAUGUGUAGAUAGUGACCAGCUAAUAAUGU